CCCCGAGCCGCGCCGCCGCCGCCGCCGCCGCGCCUCCCGGGCUGCAGCUCCCGGCGUGCCCCGCACUCGCCGCCGCCUGCCCCGCCUUCGCCGCGUCCCAGGGCCACACCGCCCGAGCCCCCGCCGCCGCCGCCGCAGCCGGAGUCGCGGGCACGAUGGCUUCUGGAGUUACAGUGAAUGAUGAAGUCAUCAAAGUUUUUAAUGAUAUGAAAGUAAGGAAAUCUUCUACACAAGAGGAGAUCAAAAAAAGAAAGAAAGCAGUUCUCUUCUGUUUAAGCGAUGACAAAAGACAAAUAAUUGUAGAGGAAGCAAAGCAGAUCUUGGUGGGUGACAUUGGUGAUACUGUAGAGGACCCCUACACAUCUUUUGUGAAGUUGCUACCUCUGAAUGAUUGCCGAUAUGCUUUGUACGAUGCCACAUACGAAACAAAAGAGUCUAAGAAAGAAGACCUAGUAUUUAUAUUCUGGGCUCCUGAAAGUGCACCUUUAAAAAGCAAGAUGAUUUAUGCUAGCUCUAAAGACGCCAUUAAAAAGAAAUUUACAGGUAUUAAACACGAGUGGCAAGUAAAUGGCUUGGAUGAUAUAAAGGACCGUUCAACACUUGGCGAGAAAUUGGGAGGCAACGUAGUCGUUUCACUUGAAGGAAAACCAUUAUAAUGUGCCACCUGGAUCUUAAGGAGCUUCCAUUUCUUCAGCUCUGUCAAUUGGAAUAGUACUAGGUGUUUGUUUUGUUUUGUUUUGUUUUUGCCCCCCAUCUUCCCACUGGGUCUUUUCAGCACAAUGAAUGAAGGAAAUAUCAUUCAUGUAAGCAGCCUAUCAGUGAUUGCCAUUAGACUGUUUAAUACUGUUACUUUUAUGUAGAAUCCAAGGAAUGCCUUCCUGUCAUAUUUUAGCCAAAACAACUGGUUGUAUGCCUCCCUUGCAGCAAGCACUACAAUGAAUGUGAUUGUCAAUGUGAAUAGCUUAGAUUACUGCAACGGAUAAGCUAAUUGAAUGCCUUGAAAGUAUUAUCCACUGGUCAGAUGGUAAAUUUUAUUCAGUAUUAUUUAUAGUUGCACUUGAUUGCAGUUCUGUGAGGCUCAAGCAUUCUUACACCUCACCUGCCUUGGCAAGCCUAUUUUUUGUGACAUGGCAGCACGGAUGUAACACUAUGCAUUGAAAGCACUUUUUUGUAAUGAGUUUAACUCCCUCCACCCUCAAAAAAGGAAUGCCAAUUAAGUUGUGUUAACUGUGUUAUCAACUUAUUGUAGUACCUCAGUGUUCAUUCCUUUGACCUGCAUAUCUUAAAAGAAAUAGCUGUUAUUAAUGUCUUUUUGUUUCCCAUUGAAUGUCCACUACUGAAUAAGUAUAGGAGUUUUAUGUUUACCAUGUAAGUCUUGCAACACCCAAGAUACUUUGAAUAUCAGUCUUGAUGGCAAUUUCUGUAUAAAAAGAGCCUUAAAUGGAACAUUGUUUUUGAGAUCAAACCCCACUCACAAAAGUGGCCACGUUGCAAUAAAAAUUGUGGCAUAUUACAGAAUGUUGACUUGUUUUCCUUGGACAUUUUGCUAAACGAUAAUACAAAGUAACUUUUAAGGUAAACAACUACUACACUGCUGGACACUUAAGAAUUUUUUUUUUUAUAUAACAUUGAUUCAUGAUAUUUUCUAGUUUGCUAGUUUAUUUGGUUUUAAAAUAUUCUAUCCUAAAGCCAGCUAAUAUAAAUAUUAGAAGGAGAUAUUUUCUACUUAUUUAUUUCCUGUAUUAAUAGAGCAGAAGUUUUAGGGGUGUUUUUUUUUUUUGGUUUAUAUGUGUGUGUUUUCAGUUUGACUUACUCUUCAAUGUCUGACUUAUUUGCUGGAUAAAUUAGUUAUUUCUUAAUUUACAUUUCUAAAUAGUUGAGUAGUAGAAACAAGAAGCUUUAUUGCCUGUUCGGUCAGUGAAAAUAAUUUGAAAAAUGCCCUUCAGAAGUUUAAUGCUUCUCAUGUUUCACUUCAGUUAGUAUUUGCAGUAUAAUUUGCAAAUUAGAAAAAAAAAAUGACUGCUGUAGGAGUCUUAAACAUUAAUAGUGGUAUUUGGCUGUUUUCCAGUCUGCUUUCCUUAUAGAGAAUUUGAUCUGCUUGCUCUGAGGAGUUUGCUGUUAGCCAGAGCUAUUUAUGGCAAACACAUGCUUUUGUAUCUUGUCAUAGUUAUCCACAAAUGGCAAAACUGGACUUGAUUCUACUGGUAUGCAAAACAGGCAUGCUAGUAAGCGGUUAAUUGUGGCUUAGAACUUAACUUAACCUCAUAUCUAAAAGAAUGCUCUUACCAAAAACCGGACAUGAAAACUCCUUUAAAAAAAAAUGUGGAAGAGAUUUGAGAUUUUUCCAUAUUUUCAAAAGAUUUUUUUUUUCAGGAAAAAAAUAAAAAGUUAAAUGUCUAAGCGUUAAAUAUGAAUGGCUUGGCAUAUUUUGCACCGCAUAAUUUUAUUUCAGGCUUCCAGCUGUCCCUGUGAGUUGUCUUGGACAUUUUGAUGACUUUUGGGUAAGGCAGAAUUGAUAGGUAAAGCAUGAAAAUACUGGCAUAUACUAAACCAUAUGUGUAACUGGUAUUUUUACCAUGAAAUAUUUUUAUUUAUUCUAAAAGACAGGGACUCUUAAGUUACAAAGGGUUUUUUUUUGGUAUUUUUUUGGAUUUUUAGCAAUUUUCUUACAUGCCUCUUUGUUGCUAUAAUUCGGAGAUUAAAUGUUGCUUCAAACUGUGGUACUUUUGUUUGUUAAAUUGACAAAACUGCUAAUAGUUCAUCCUUGAGUUAUCUUUGUGCAUAAAGCCAAAAACUGAUAAAAUUAGUGGUUCACAUUAUUUGAAACAAAUUUAGCAUUUGAAAUGACCGUUUUGUUUUACAAUCAUUCACAGUGAAACAGUGUUCCAGUUAGCUUUAAAAGGUAUACGGUGCUAAUUAGUGAAAUAUUGAGGACAGUAUUUGAAAAAAAUAUUGAGAAAUGAUAUUGAGAAGUAAUAUUUUACUGCUAGCUUGCAAAAUUAUAAGUGUUUAAAAAUAAAAUAUAUGAAAGUA